GAAAACACAACAUCAAUAAACAAACAGUCUCCUACUUCAAUAAAGUAUAAAAAUCAAUGGGGAAGAAGAAAAACAAUGAAAGCAAGCAAGACGACCCACAACCACACAAAGAAAUGGAAGGCAAAUUCUUGUUAGGAAAACCCAAGUUCAAGAAACUCGAAAACGGCCGCUACAAAUGCGUGGAAACCGGCCACGAAGUGCCGGCGGAUGGCAAAGAGUCAUACGCUCAGACCAAACACUGCAGGAUUGGGCUUAUUGAUUCAGCUCUGGCUCGUAAUAAACCUCCUCUUAAUAUGUUCAAUCAAGACCCCCUUUGCCGGUCUAAGUUGAUAUGUAAGCUGACUGGGGAUACUGUGAAUAAGAUUGAAGAGCAUAUUUGGAAGCAUAUCAAUGGAAAACGGUUCCUUCACAUGUUAGAGAAACAGGAAGCUGAAGCUGCCAAAGAAGUAUCAAAUGGUAUGGUGGAAGGUGACGGGGAGGAGAAACCAGAAGAAGCUGCUUCAAAGAGCGAUGGAGACGGUUCUAAGAAGAAAAAGAAGAAGGAUAAGAAGAACAAGAACAAGAACAAGAAGAAAAUGGAGGAGGAGAAUGAUGCAAGUAUGAUCAUUUCAGAAGUCAGAGAUCCAGCAGAGAAAGAUAAUGACGCAGAGGAAGAAGAGUUCUGGAUGCCUCCAGUUGGAGAUCGUUGGGACUUUGAUGUUGGGAAAGAUCGUUGGGGUUCUGAUUUAGAAUCAGAUGAUGAUUUAGAAGACGAUGAUUUAGUAAACGAUGAUGCAGAUGGUGCAAAUGAUGCAAAUGAAGCAAAUGAAGCAGGCUACUUAUCUUUAGAUGCUGCUGAUGAAGAAAAUAAUGAGACACAGGAGCUUUCUAAAAGGACAAAGAGAAUGUCGAUAGAAGUGGAACCAAGUGAGUUAGCAUCAAAGAAGAAGAAGAAAAAGAUCGAAUCGACUUGAUAUAUCUCCAAAGAUGAGCUAUUUGCUGAAAGUUGCAGUUUUGUGUAGCCCUUAAAAUGUGAUCUGUGGUCCUGAGUAUGUGUUUUUUUACUUAGAACUUUAAGGUAGCUGUUUUUCUAGUUGAGUUGAUUGUUUGUAAGCAAAUGCUUAAUAUGUUCUGUAUGGAAAGGCAGUAGCUUCCGUCAAUUCUUGGUACAUUUACAAACUCUUGCUAGUUAAUACUAUAAGAUUCUGCUUCAGUUUUAAGUUUUUUUUUUAUA